GGUUACCAAGGCGCAGCUGGAGGUGGACCCCCACUUCUCCCCACGGAGCUUCCGGAGGCAGACCUGAGACAGGUGAGAGAGGAAGGCAGAUGGCGACCCGAAACAGCCCCAGCCCCGUUCCCCUGGGCGCGGCGCAGGGCGACCCCGGAGAGGCGGGCACGGGGCCGGGGCCCGAGACGGGCGCCCGGGACGCGAUUUCCACCUCUCCGCUGAAGGGGAAGCCCAAGAAAGUCCGGAAGAUCAAGGCGCUCAUCAUUGACCUGGGCUCCCAGUACUGCAAGUGCGGCUACGCGGGCGAGCCGAGGCCCACCUACUUCAUCUCCUCCACCGUGGGCAAGCGCAGCCCGGAGCUGGCGGCCGACGCGGGCGACACCCGCAAGGAGACCUACGUGGGCCACGAGCUGCUCAACACGGAGGCGUCGCUGAAGCUGGUGAACCCGCUGAAGCACGGCGUGGUGGUGGACUGGGACUGCGUGCAGAACAUCUGGGAGUACAUCUUCCACACGGCCAUGAAGAUCCUGCCCGAGGAGCACGCCGUGCUGGUGUCCGACCCCCCGCUCAGCCCCGCGGGCAACCGCGAGAAGUACGCCGAGCUCAUGUUCGAGACCUUCCGGGUGCCCGCCAUGCACGUGACCUCGCAGGCGCUGCUGUCCAUCUACUCGUACGGCAAGACCUCGGGGCUGGUGGUGGAGAGCGGCCACGGCGUCUCGCACGUGGUGCCCAUCUCCGAGGGCGACGUGCUGCCGGGCCUGGCGGGCCGCGCCACCUACGCGGGCGGCGACCUCACCAACUACCUGCUGCAGCUGCUCAACGAGGCCGGCCAGAAGUUCACGGACGACCACCUGCACAUCAUCGAGCACAUCAAGAAGAAGUGCUGCUACGCCGCGCUGCUGCCCGAGGAGGAGCAGGGCCUGGGCCUGGAGGAGCUGCGCGUGGACUACGAGCUCCCGGACGGCAAGGUCAUCACCAUCGGCCAGGAGCGCUUCCGCUGCUCGGAGAUGCUCUUCAAGCCCUCCCUGGCGGGCUGCAACCAGCCCAGCCUCCCCGAGCUCACGGCCGCCUGCCUGGCCCGCUGCCAGGACACCGGCUUCAAGGAGGAGAUGGCCGCCAGCGUGCUGCUGUGCGGCGGCUGCACCAUGCUGGACGGCUUCCCCGAGCGCUUCCAGAGGGAGCUGAGCCGCCUCUGCCCCGAGGACAGCCCCACCGUGGUGGCGGCUCCCGAGAGGAAGACCUCCGUGUGGACCGGCGGCUCCAUCCUGGCCUCGCUGCAGGCCUUCCAGCAGCUCUGGGUCAGCAAGGAAGAGUUCGAGGAGCGGGGCAGCGCGGCCAUCUACAGCAAGUGCUGAGGGGGCGGGCCCCACUGGCAGGGCCCUGGGGCUGCGGCCGA